GAUUAUGGUGGCUUCUACAACACUGAUGCUGUUUGCCGGAAGGUUUGGAUUGGCUCCGUCCGCAAACAGGAAAGCGACUGCAGGGCUGAAGCUCGAGGUGAGGGACUCAGGCUUACAGACUGGUGACCCAGCUGGUUUCACCCUUGCUGAUACCUUGGCUUGUGGAACUGUUGGCCACAUCAUUGGUGUUGGGAUUGUUCUUGGUCUUAAGAAUACGGGUGCCUUGUAAAACAAGAAAAAUGAACAACCAUUCCUGCAUAAUGCACCUGUAAUCAAGUUUAGUGUGCUUUUAAUUUUCUCAUCACUUGAGAAUGAACAUUGUAUGCCUCAAAUCUUAAUAUAUAGUUGCUCCCUUCCCCCA